AUGUCGGGCUCUGUGAAAUUACGCAGCAUCAAAAAAAUCGGGCAGGAAAACAAUGCUUACGAGUUUUCUGACGCAGAGAAAAACGAUGAUUACAUGACAAUGACGUCUCCAAAGCAGGAUAAAACGUCCAAAAGCAAUAAGGAGGAGGUAGCCAUCAGGGUCGGCUUCUUCCAGCUGUUCCGCUUCGCCAGCUGCUGCGAGAUCGCGAUGAUGAUCGCAGGGAGCGUGUGCGCGGUGAUGCACGGCUCCGCGCAGCCGCUCAUGCUCCUGGUGUUCGGGAUGCUGACAGACGCUUUCAUCGAUUACGACAUCGAGCUCCAGGAACUGUCUGACCCGAAUAAGGCCUGUAUCAACAACACCAUACAGUGGAAAAACCUGACGGCCGAGGAGAACCUUGAACUGAACAUGACAAAGACGUGCGGGAUAUUGGACAUUGAGGAUGAAAUGACCAAAUUUGCCUACUAUUACGUUGCCAUCGGAACCACUGUUUUUAUUCUGGGAUAUUGUCAGAUCUCCCUGUGGGUGCGGUCAGCGGCCCGGCAGAUUCAGAUCAUCAGGAAGAUGUACUUCCGCAAGGUGAUGAGGAUGGAGAUCGGCUGGUUCGACUGCAACUCCUCCGGGGAGCUGAACACCCGCAUGUCAGACGACAUCAACAAGAUCAACGACGCCAUCGCAGACCAAGUGAGCAUCUUCAUCCAGCGCUUCACCACCUUCGUCUGCGGCUUCAUGGUGGGCUUCUUCAAAGGCUGGAAGCUGACGCUGGUCAUCCUUGCUGCCAGCCCGCUGAUCGGGGUGGGCGCGGCCUUCAUGGCACUGUUUGUGGCGAGGCUGACGGGCCGGGAGCUGCAGGCCUACGCCAAGGCGGGCGCCGUGGCGGACGAGGUGCUGUCCGCCAUCAGAACGGUGGCGGCUUUCGGAGGGGAGAGGAAGGAAGUGGAGAGGUACAACAAGAACCUGGUCUCUGCCCAGCGCUGGGGGAUCCGGAAGGGUCUGAUCAUGGGCUUCUUCACCGGAUACAUGUGGUUCAUUAUCUUCCUCUGCUACGCCCUGGCCUUCUGGUAUGGCUCCAAACUGGUGAUAGAGACAAUGGAGUACACCCCAGGAACUCUCCUACAGGUGUUUUUCGGGGUGCUGAUUGCAGCGCUGAAUCUGGGGCAGGCCUCUCCGUGUCUGGAGGCCUUCGCCUCCGGCCGAGGUGCUGCCACCAUCAUAUUUGAGACCAUCGACAGAGAGCCUGAGAUUGACUGCCUCUCAGAAGCUGGGUAUAAACUGGACAGAGUGAAAGGAGACAUUGAGUUUCAUAACGUGACCUUCCACUACCCAUCAAGACCUGAAGUCAAGAUUCUUGACCAGCUGAGUCUGUUGGUGAAGUCUGGAGAGACGACAGCUUUCGUGGGUCCGAGCGGAGCGGGGAAGAGCACAGCGGUUCAGCUCAUCCAGCGCUUCUAUGACCCCAAGGAGGGAAUGGUGACGCUGGACGGCCAUGACAUCCGGGGGUUGAACAUCCAGUGGCUGCGCUCUCUGAUCGGCAUCGUGGAGCAGGAGCCCGUGCUGUUCGCCACCACCAUCGCCGAGAACAUCCGCUACGGCCGCUCGGACGUCUCCAUGGAGGACAUCGUCAACGCCGCCAAGGAGGCCAACGCCUACAACUUCAUCAUGGACCUACCUCAGAAAUUCGAGACCCUGGUGGGGGAGGGCGGGGGUCAGAUGAGCGGGGGACAGAAGCAGAGGAUAGCCAUCGCUCGAGCCCUGGUCAGAAACCCCAGGAUCCUGCUCCUGGACAUGGCCACCUCUGCCCUGGACAACGAGAGUGAAGCCGUGGUUCAGGAAGCACUGGACAAGGUACGCUUGGGCCGCACCACCAUCUCCAUAGCGCACCGGUUGUCUACAAUAAAGAACGCGGACGUGAUUGUGGGGUUCGAGCACGGCCGGGCGGUGGAGAGGGGCAAACACAACGAGCUGCUAGACAGGAAGGGGGUGUACUUCACCCUGGUGACCCUGCAGAGCCAAGGAGACAAGGCGCUCAACGAGAAAGCUCGGCAAAUGGAAAGGGAAGAUGAGUCAUCAGAUGCAGACCUUGAGAAAAAGAGUCUGUCACGGGCUACCAGCUACCAGGAGAGUUUGAGAGCCUCUAUCCGCCAGAGGUCAAAGUCUCAGCUGUCGAAUGUGAUUCCGGACGCAUCCAUACCCAUCGCCGCGGACCUGGGUCGCAGUCACUACGCAGACUCCUUCAUCUCACAGGAGAAGGGCAAGAGUGCCGUGCCUGAGGAAGAGGAGGAGCUGGUUGAGCCUGCCCCUGUCGCCAGGAUUCUGAAAUACAACGCCCCCGAGUGGCCGUACAUGGUGUUCGGCUCCAUCGGUGCUGCUGUGAACGGUGGAGUUAGCCCACUGUACUCACUGCUCUUCAGCCAGAUCCUCGGGACUUUUUCCAUGCUUGAUUCAGCCGAACAGAGAGCUCAGAUUGAUGGGAUCUGCCUGCUGUUUGUGCUCAUUGGAGUGGUUUCAUUCUUCACACAGAUACUGCAGGGCUACUCCUUCUCCAAGUCUGGUGAGCUGCUGACCCGAAGACUCAGACAUUUGGGCUUCCAAGCCAUGCUGGGCCAGGAGGUUGGCUGGUUCGAUGACCACAGGAACAGCCCGGGCGCGCUGACCACACGUCUGGCCACUGAUGCCUCUCAAGUCCAAGGAGCCACUGGCUCUCAGAUAGGCAUGAUCGUGAACUCUCUGACCAACAUCGGCGUGGCCUUGAUCAUCUCCUUCUACUUCAGCUGGAAGCUGAGCCUGGUCAUCCUCUGCUUCCUGCCCUUUCUGGCCCUCUCCGGGGGCUUCCAGGCCAAGAUGCUGACGGGAUUCGCCAAGCAAGACAAGCAAGCCAUGGAGGCCGCGGGACAGAUCUCAGGCGAGGCGCUGAAUAACAUCCGCACCAUCGCUGGCCUGGGGAAGGAGAGGAGUUUUGUGGAAAUGUAUGAGGCCCAGCUGGAGGAUCCCUACAAGGCGGCCCUGAAGAAGGCCAGUGUGUACGGGGCCUGCUACGGCUUCGCCCAGUGCAUCGUCUUCAUGGCCAACGCCGCGUCCUACAGAUACGGGGGAUAUUUAGUCGAAAAGGAGGGCCUUAAUUUCACCAUGGUGUUCAGGGUCAUCUCAGCCAUCGUCACCAGUGGGACAGCUCUGGGCCGAGCCUCCUCCUACACCCCAGACUACGCCAAAGCCAAAAUCUCAGCCGCCAGAUUCUUCCAGCUCCUCGACCGCAUUCCCAAAAUCAAUGUGUACAGUGACGACGGAGAGAAAUGGUCUAAUUUUAAAGGCGAUCUCGAGUUCAUCGACUGCAAGUUCACGUACCCGACCCGCCCAGACAUGCAGGUGCUGAACGGGCUGUCGGUGUCGGUGAAGCCAGGCCAGACUCUGGCCUUCGUGGGCAGCAGCGGCUGUGGCAAAAGCACCAGCGUGCAGCUGCUGGAGAGAUUCUACGACCCCAACCAGGGCAGGGUGCUGAUCGAUGGUCACGACUCCACCAAUGUCAACGUUCAGUUCCUGCGCUCAAAGAUCGGGAUCGUCUCCCAGGAGCCCAUCCUGUUCGACUGCAGCAUCGCUGAGAACAUCAAGUACGGAGACAACCAGCGGGAGGUCAGCAUGAAUGACGUCAUCGCCGCGGCCAAGAAAGCCCAGCUCCACGACUUCGUCAUGGCACUUCCUGAGAAAUACGACACCAAUGUGGGGGCACAGGGGUCCCAGCUGUCCCGUGGGCAGAAGCAGCGCAUCGCCAUCGCCCGGGCGAUCAUCAGAGACCCCAAAAUCCUGCUGCUGGACGAGGCCACGUCGGCGCUGGACACAGAGAGCGAGAAGACGGUCCAGGAGGCCCUGGACAAAGCGCGAGAAGGCAGGACCUGCAUCGUCAUCGCCCACCGCCUCUCCACCAUCCAAAACUCUGACAUCAUCGCCGUCAUGUCCCGUGGCUACGUCAUCGAGAAGGGGACGCACGACGACCUCAUGGCCAUGAAGGGUGCUUAUUACAAACUGGUUACCACUGGCGCACCCAUCAGCUAAAACCCCAGGGACCAAUCAGGGGACUGCGCAGCUCAGGAAAACUCAGGGUCAGCCAAUGGAACACGUUUACUCAAUCAAAACAUCAUCAAAAUAGGAAGACACGUACACAGGUCGCAUUUUGCAGAUGUAUUAUUUUAUACUAUUUGUACUGUAAUAUGAAUAAUUUGAUUUUAAAUAUAUUUUGUAUGUUUUAAUUUAAAAUCUAUAGGAAUCAGAUUAUUUUUCUGCCUAUGCUCAUCCAGUAAUUGCCAUUCAGUAUCCAGUGCUCCA